UUCCGGGGCGUUUCCACUGUGACGUCAGAAGGCCGCUGCGGAUCACACGGACACGUAGAUUUUCGUUCUUCACCAAAACAGAGCGACAGACGGAGAACCGCGGCAGAACCGACAGAACCGACCGGAUCCGAGGCUUCAGAUCCUCCUGGUGCCAAGAUGAACGUCUUCGACCGCAACAUCAACUUUGAUUCCCUCUUCAAGUUCUCCCAGAUAUCUCACUCCACCCAGGUGCACUUGAAGAAUGUGUACUCCAGCCUGGCAGUGUGUAUGUUCGUGGCCGGCGCAGGCUCCUACGUGCACGUGGUCACGCGCCUCUUCCAGGGCGGCCUGCUGUCGGUGCUCGGCUCCCUGGGGAUGAUGUUCUGGUUGGCCAUGACGCCACACAACCCUGAGACGGAGAAGAAGAGACUGGCCAUCCUCGCAGGGUUCGCCUUCCUCACAGGUGUUGGUCUCGGCCCCACAAUGGACUUUGUCAUCGCCAUCAAUCCGAGCAUCAUUGUGACGGCUUUCCUCGGGACCUCGGUGGUCUUCGUCUGCUUCACGCUCAGCGCCCUGUACGCCAAGCGCAGGAGCUACCUGUUCCUCGGAGGAACCCUGAUGUCUGGUCUCUCCCUCCUGUUCCUGAUGUCCAUGAUGAACAUUUUCUUCGGAUCUGUGAUGCUGUUCAAGGCUCACAUGUACCUGGGGCUGAUCAUCAUGUGCGGCUUCGUCCUGUUCGACACUCAGCUCAUCAUCGAGAAGGCCGAGAACGGAGACAAGGACUACGUCUGGCACUGUGUGGAUCUGUUCCUGGACUUCAUCACCAUCUUCAGGAAACUGAUGGUCAUCCUCGCUCUGAACGAGAAGGACAAGAAGAAGGAGAAGAAGUAAACGACCUGUGAGAAAAUCUUUAAAAGGCACAAUUUGCGGCGCACAUGGUGCUUUUCACUUUCUUUCUUCAUUUCUUGAAUUAACUCCUCUGUGGUCUUAUAUUAUUGAAAUUUGUUUCGAUUUAUUUUUUAAAACUUAGGAGGGUUGAAUGUAAGUCUAUGGCGCACUAACGCUAAUCCCAUCUCGGCUGUAAACGGAGAGUAGACCGAAGCUGCAGUGAUCUUGCUUGGCCUGUAGAGGGAGCUGUUGCUCUACGAAGGCAGCGCUCACAGAGGAUUUUUAUAUUACUGUUAUUUAGUGCCAUAAGUCAACGAUAGGCUCCUGUUAGUGGCUCGUGAGCUUCUGAAAGUGAUUCUUUUAAUUUCAACUCAUGUAUUUUGUUUUCUCGUUGAUUUGCUUAUUUAUAGUUUCCCUCAGUACUUUUCUUUAGUGGCGUGUCACAAGAUAAAGUGUCCCAUGAUUCUGACAACAGAUCCACAGAGUUCCUGCUCUAUUGUUCCCCCCCCCCCCCUCCCUUCAUUAAUGAAACAUUUUGAGGACGAGGCCUGAAGACGUCGACACGAACACGACAGCCUCUCAGACUCGUGGUCCAGCCUCUCGCCUGCAGCCGGGUCUCGAGCUCCGGCUGCUGGACGAGGACGAGUCGAAGCCAUCUGCUCCAAAUCUGAAUUCUCUGCUGAGACGACUUGUUCUGAAACGCUGCCCUUUGUAAAUCUCUCCAAAUAUCUGUUGUCCAGAAGUUAGUUUGCCAAAUGACAUUAAUCUUACAAUUUGGCAUUGGUAAUUUUUUUGGGGGGGGAGAAGUGUAUACUGUGAAGAAUUUAUUUUAUUGAUGUAAAAUUGAAACUAAUACUUUGAUACAUUUGCUCUAAUAAAUGUGUUGAACGUACGUAAAGGAA